GUCACAAAGGUGGGUGGAACUACGAAGACGAGAGAUGGCGUCUCUACUGCAACCAGAAAGGGUUCUCUACCUUGUUCAUGGAGAGAAAAAGAUCCGAUCGCCUUUGUCUCAACUUUAUUUUUGUCGUUAUUGCAGUGAAUUGCGUUCUUUAGAAUGUGUGUCUCACGAAGUGGACUCACAUUACUGUCCAAGCUGCUUGGAGAAUAUGCCUUCAGCAGAGGCAAAAUUGAAAAAGAACAGGUGUGCCAACUGUUUCGACUGCCCCUGUUGCAUGCACACCCUGUCUACCCGGGCCACCAACAUCCCCGCCCCACUGCCCGACGACCCCACCAAGACAGCCAUGAAGAAGGCCUACUACCUGGCCUGUGGCUUCUGUCGCUGGACGUCCAGAGAUGUGGGCAUGGCUGACAAGUCUGUGGCCAGUGGAGGUUGGCAGGAGCCUGAGAACCCUCACACCCAGAGGAUAAAUAAACUCAUAGAGUAUUACCAGCAGCUGGCACAGAGAGAGAAACUGGAGAGAGACCGGAAGAAGCUGGCAAGGAGAAGACCCUUUAUGCCCCUGGCUUUCUCGCAACACACUAUUCAUGUUGUGGAAAAGUAUGGUCUGGGUACCAGGCUCCAGAGAACAAGGCCUGGAGCUCCUAUCACCAGUCUGGCUGGCCUCUCUCUAAAGGAAGGUGAGGACCAAAAAGAGAUUAACAUAGAACCGGCCCAGGCCUUAGAUGAGGUGGAACCACUGCCAGAAGACUGCUACACCAGACCCAUUAACCUACCUGAGGGGACCACCCUUCGCCAGAGGCUGCUGCAGCCAGACUUCCAGCCAGCCGGAGCAUCUCAGCUACAUCCCAAACACAAACACCUGCUGAUCAAACGCUCGCUGCGGUGCAGGAAAUGUGAGCACAAUCUGAGCAAGCCAGAAUUCAACCCAACCUCUAUAAAGUUCAAAAUUCAGCUGGUGGCUGUGAGUUACAUCCCUGAAGUGAGAAUAAUGUCCAUUCCAAACCUGCGCUUCCAGAAGGAGAGCCAGGUGCUGCUCACCUUGACAAACCCUGUGGAGAAUAUUACUCAUGUCACCCUAGUGGCUUGUGAGGAGGGAGACCCAGAAGACAUCAACAGCACUGCCAAGGUGAUGGUGCCCAUUAAGGAGUUGGUUCUCGCAGGGAAGGAUGCUGCAGCAGAAUACGACGAGCUGGCUGAACCCCAGGACUUCCAAGAUGACCCAGACGUGGUGGCAUUCAGGAAAUCCAAUAAGAUUGGUUUCUUCAUCAAGGUGGUGCCUCAGCGCGAGGGGCUUGGCGAUGUCACAGUGUCCUUUAAGAUCCGCCACGACUUCCGCAACCUGGCGGCUCCCAUCAGGCCAAGCGAGGAGGGCGACGCCUCAACCGAAGCCAUCUGGCUCACGCACCACGUAGAGCUCAACCUGGGGCCGCUCGCACCGUGAUGACACAACGCAUGCCAAGAAAUGUGGUGUACACACACAAGUGAUACACCUAUAUACAACAUACACCCACUGCCCAUACACGUAAUCACAUCUCUCUACACACACAUUUUACUUACGCACUUCUCUGUACCCCCAAGCAGCUCCAGAGGUCCUUUCCUGCUUUGCUCUUUAACUUAGGCAUUAUAUUCUUCAUCAUUGACCUUUACGUAUGAAGAGUAUUAACCCGCAUGAGAAAAACAGCUGUCUACUAAUAAAUGUCUCAUUGGCAAUGUAAUUUAGUGUUCUCCACUCUGGUUUGAAGGCAGAGUGAAAUGGAGUUACUUGUUGCUUUUCCCAAAGUAAACUAACUUGACCAUAUCCGUUGUCCAAAAUAGUGCACUAAAUAGGUAUUAAGUUAAUGUUUGGGAUGUGAACUAUAAAUGGUUAUUUUGCUAUUGUUUUCAUCUAGUCAGUCUAUUAUUCUAUUAGCAGUAUAGGGUAGUAAGACCUGUAAAUGUCUAUUUGUCUCCGAAAUGUUCAGGAGCAGUUCAUUCUAUUACUUAAAAACACUAUCAAUCAUCGAUUGUAAUGUAAUAUGAAGUUUAUUGAAUAAAGGGUUUUCAGCUGAAGAUGCAUACAGAAGUCACGGAUAACUGGAUCACAUUUUGCUGGCAAAUUUUUUUUUUUCUGUGGAAAAUUCUGCCUUUGUUUGUUAGACAAAGAAACACAGUAAAUAAACCCUGGCUAAUAAAAUGUCCCAAAAAUUA